CUAGGGGUUAGGAGGGGAAGAGGAGGAGGAAGAGGAGGAGGAGGAAGAAGAGGAGGAGUCCGGGCAGGUGCGGCGAGCAGCUCGGCAGCCGCGGCGGCUGUUCUCCGGGGAGCAGGCGUGUGGCCCUUUCCCCGCCUUCUUCUCCUUCCCCUCCCAGUGAGUGAUUCGGGCCGUGCGCUUCCCACUUCCGCCCCCUCAGCCUGCCAUCGGAACUAGGGAAGCCGAACAAGUUGUGGCAGUCGAGCAGCCGGCGCUCCCCUUCCUCCUCCUCUCCUCCUCCUCUUUUCUCCUUCCCUCUUCUUCCCUGGCCGCUGCCGGAACCGCCGCCGACGCCCCGAGGCCUAGAGACCGCCGAGCCCCCCAGCGCACGCCGCGGCCGACAUGAGCUUCUUGUUCGUGGAGCCCAGUACGGGGCUUGAACUCACAACCCUGAGAUCAAGACUUGGGCUGAGAUCAAGAGUCGGAUGCUUAACCGACUGAGCCACCCAGGCACCCCUGAAGUAAACAACUUAAUGUGGUAGCCGGUCCUCUAAAACGUUUAAACCAAAGAAGAACAUCCCAGAGGGUUCUCACCAGUAUGAACUCCUAAAGCAUGCAGAAGCCACACUUGGUAGUGGCAAUCUCCGGAUGGCUGUCAUGCUUCCUGAGGGGGAAGAUCUAAAUGAAUGGGUUGCAGUGAACUCUGUGGAUUUCUUCAAUCAGAUUAAUAUGCUUUAUGGAACAAUCACAGAUUUCUGUACAGAGGAAAGUUGUCCAGUGAUGUCAGCUGGCCCAAAAUAUGAGUAUCAUUGGGCAGAUGGAACAAACAUAAAGAAGCCUAUUAAGUGCUCUGCACCAAAGUAUAUUGAUUACCUGAUGACUUGGGUUCAGGACCAGUUGGAUGAUGAGACAUUAUUUCCAUCAAAAAUUGGUGUCCCAUUCCCGAAGAAUUUCAUGUCUGUGGCAAAAACUAUACUCAAACGCCUCUUUAGGGUUUAUGCUCACAUUUAUCACCAGCAUUUCGACCCUGUGAUCCAACUUCAGGAGGAAGCGCAUCUCAAUACAUCUUUCAAGCACUUUAUUUUUUUUGUCCAGGAAUUCAACCUUAUUGAUAGAAGAGAACUUGCACCACUCCAAGAACUGAUUGAAAAACUCACCUCAAAGGACAGAUAAAAGGAUGAAGAGCUGUGCAAGUUGUUCCUCAAGUGAAGUGUGUGGAGUGUAUAUGGAUUUUGUUGUGUUUUAUUUUUAUUUCGGUCGUUUUUGUCUUAGGUUUGGGGGGCUUGUUUGGGUUAGUUUUUCUUUAUUCUGAAUAAAUGAAACUAUAGUCUAUUGCUAGAGGAAGCCAAGAACCAUUCUCUAUAUAUUUGAUAUAGGGGUAAAUUUUGUCUUAGUGGCAUACAGAUUUUUUGUUUUUUUUUUUUUACUUGGUUUGAUUACUUGCAAAAUUUUUGAUAAUACUCUGUGUUGAAAGAAAAUGCUUACUUGAUUGGACUGCUGAUGGAUGGGGGUUCUGUGUUAUGUAAAUUGUGGCCAAUUUUUGAAGUCCCCAAAAGACUUACGUUUUUAAGUGCCUUGGCAGGCUUACUUCUGAGGUGCAAAGCACAGACAUAGAACUGAACAGGGCUUGAAAUAUUAGGAAUACUACCCAGGGCGCUUACUGAUGCAUGUUUUAAAAUUCUAUGAUAAAAGCCAUAGUUUACCUAAAUUGGUGAUCUCCAGCUUUUACUACACUGAAGAAAUACAAUUUGUAAAGGUGUGCAUGUAGAACAUAAAAAAUUAGUAUUAUUUUUGAUAUUGGUGGUAAUUCUGUUCAACAAAUGCUUAAAGUUCUACAAGCAGGUCUUUUUCCAUCUAUUGAUAUCUGUGAUACUGAAACUUGCAGAUGUUGACGUGUAAUACCUAUUGCAUUUUAGCUUCUUUCUACAUGUUAACUGCACUGUGGGUGUGAAAAUUCAGGUUAUAUAUAGGUUUGCCAUCUUCAGAGGUGAUGCUGAACUGUGAGGUUUCUUAGCAAUUGCCAAAUGAGCCAUAAGUCUACAGAAUUCCCUUCUAUGAAGAGGAGGGGAUGGAUAGGAGUGUGUGUUUGGUUGGGACGGUUAAUUUGUAUGGGGAGCUAUAGAUGGGAUUAAGUAUGGUGAGUCAAGUUCAAAAAGUCUUGUCUUAAAAUCCUUGAAUAGAGUGGCAUUAAGAUUUUAAUCAAUAUCUUGUAAACAAAGUCUUAGAGACUUCCUUUUAGGAAUCAACUUCCAUGAGAAGUUAAAAAUAAAAUAUUAAUUUUAGGUGUAGACGUUAAACAUGGAAUUUAAGGACUAUUUGGGGAAAUUGAUCAUGCUCCAGCAUUUCCAUUCAGUGAAUGGAGCUGGUGUUUGCCUGUCAUUUUAAAAUGAUACAGUACCUUCUUUGCUUAUGAUAGGCCCAAUUUGAAGCAUUCUGACUUCUAAUUUUUCCACUGUGAAAGGAAAUCUUUUUCUUUGCAGUGAUACCAGACAAUGAAAGUGCUAAUUCAGUAGUAUUAACUUGUGCAUUUUAUUUGUCAUGACUCUCUAGUGAAUUAUUCCCAUGAGUAAAAAGUUCAGAAACUUAGUUUUUAAAAUAAUGUUAACAUUUUUUUACUUCAGUUUUAUUCUCAAGAAAUAUCUUUUUCAGACUUCCAGUUUUAAUUUUGUCAUUUCUAGUAAAUCUCUUUCUCCUUCAGUUACCUAUAUAUAUUCUUUCUUCAGUUUGAAAUACACACCUUUUUCCUUGUAGAGUAGAAAUUUUGUUCUGAAAUUAUAUAGACUAAAAAUGGUCACUAGGAAAGAAUCUUAUGAAAUCAGUUUGUUUUGGCAUAACGAGAGCAGUGAUACAAUUUAAUGCCAUUGCAAUUAUGAUCAGUAGGAACUGCCUUUUUCUCCAUUUCAUUUCUAACAAUCAUUCUCCAAGUACCAAUAGUAGAAGUAACAGGAGAGCCUGGCAGAGGCAAAUAUAUUGGACACUUACUGGUAUUGUGUAUGAGAACAAGCUGAUUUCCUUAAAACGAACCUUUUAUUAUCCAAAUAGGUAAUAUCAGCCACUAUGGUUGAUUCAAAAAUAAAAUUUGGUGUCAGAUAAUUUUGAGUCUAUUUAUUUAUGAAAAUGAAGCACGUGGUUUUUCAAGUAGUCUUCCAUACUGCAUUUGACUUUAUAUAAACCCAGUAACAAAGGGGUUGCAAUAGCCAAGUGUAGAGAACAGUGAAAAAUUGUUCUUGCUCUUUUUAAGCCUUACACGGUAGUACACUGUAAAAAUGGAAAAAAUGUUUCUAUAAAUUAAUGUUCAGUAGUAGGCCCUACUUUCCUACUGUAUGUAGAUAGGAGUUUGUUGUCACUGUGUCAGAAUCUCAGGUGCCUGCUUCUGAGUAUUCCUUUCAACAGAGGUAUUAUUAGGAAGUAAGGAGAUGUGUAAGUGUAUAUAUGGUAACAAAGUAGAGAAGUUCUCCCAGGGAGAGGCCUGGAACUGUACAUGGUGUUACAUGGCUAUAGGUAAGGAAACACUCACCAGAGCAUGUGAGAAAUAACUGAUUUAUCAAAACGUUGCUUUGAUUAGUUCCCAUGAGCAUUAGUAAGAUGCCCUUUAUAGAAUAAGAAUCAAAUCUCAGUUUUACAGCAGAGUUUGAUACAAUUGUGUAUUAGAUUCUUUCCAGAUCUCUUAAUUUAUAAAUAAGCAAGAUAAUGAUUUUCCCCCUUGCUCUUUAUACAGAGAUAUAAAGCAAAAGUUGGUUUUCUCAUCCACUAAUAAAAGCAUAAAAUAUAAAAUAGUAAGUUAACAUAGUAUUAUUGUCACAAUGCUUUGGUUAAAUUUGAAAUGAAGCAAGUUUUAGGAAUGAUUUUAAAUGAUGGAGAGAGAUUUUAAAUGGUGGUGGAGAGAAAUUAAUAACAGAGUGAAAAUCUGUUACUAAGCAGUAGAUGGUGCUACUGGAUUUCAUUUGCUGACUUGAUUAUUUUGUUUCCCAUAAAAACCAUGGCAUUAGACUGCAUUAAAACAGUAGCACGUGUUAGUUUAGCUGGAAGAGGCUUUGGUGGUCAGUUUACUUUGAAUUGAAAGAUUUUAGAUUGCUCUUUCUCCGUUUGUCAUUUGUAAAUUCUAAAGGGUCAGCAUAAAAUGUAUUAGGUGGGAGAAGACAGGUUUAGUGUGUAAUAUAUCUCAGACUGAGUUACUGCCUGGCUUAUCAGGAAAGAUAAAACACUACAAUCUCUUAUCUUCAGGAAAUACAGAUGGUGUGGAUAUUUAUAUUUUACAUGUAAUCACCAAACUCCAUUUUAUGUAUUAGCAUUUUCCCUGCUUAUGGGAAAAGAGCAAAAUGACAUUUCUUUUAUACCUUUAUGUACACCCUCUCUGAGAGAGGUUUUGAUAACCACUGAAAUGGUAAAAUAUGUGAGAUACAAUUAUUAAGUUGUAGGGCUUUCUUUUAAAAUAAGUAUGUCAUACCUUAAACAUCCAAAUGAGAGUUGAUCUUCAGGGUGGUUCCUGGGGAGCACUACUCUUACCAGCUGUGUUUUGAAGGUGUAACGUUUUUGGAACAUUUUUAGAGAUGCCUUGAGAAUUGGUUUAUGACUAUGCAAGAAAAUCUAUUCCAUCAUUUUAGUUGCACUGAAAACUUUUGGCAGCUUAAUAUGACCUAUCUCAGCCACCAAACCAACUCUACUUUGCUGGUUUCUUAGAACUAAACCAUUAGGGAAGUUCAGAAGACUGCCAUAGGUUCUAAAUUUGCAAGAGAGAACGUUUUGAGCAUUGGUAGCAUCAUUUAAUAAAGGGAUAGUUUCUUGAUGUCACUACUUUGAAGUAUCAUUUGGAUGUAUAGGUUUUAUUUAAUUCUUAAAAAUUUAGUUUAAUUACCUUACAGCUAAAUAUAAUAAUUAAAAAAAUCAAAGUCUAUCUCUUGUUUUCUACUUUUGUUUCUUUCCCUGAUAACUUUUGAAUUUUAUCUCAACUACUGUAGGAUAGUUUUGAUUGAAGGGAUAGUAAGAAAAAAUGGAUCCAAUAUUUAAGAUAGAAGUAGCUUAAGGUAACAACAGCCUUUACUGUUUAAACAUAUUUUCACUCAAAUGAACAAAUGAAUUUAAAGACUGCAGAUCAUUGUACAAAGAAAUUGGAAUAAAUUUUAUGUAAUAAUUAUGCUGAAUUUUAAGCCUGCAUAUCACAGAUAAAAUAUUUAAAAUUGUAUAAUCAUUUCAUACAUUGUUUAUAACUUUAAAAUUUUGAAUGUCUUUUUAAAAGAUGUGGGAUCAGAAGUAUAUUUGUAAUUUGAAAAUGUGACUGCAUACCAAGAGGAAAACUGAUUUUGAAACUUAAUCUGAUAUUCUAAAGAACAGACCUAAUUUUUAGAAGCGCUAUUCUGGAUCUGUACUUUUAAGAACCACUCCUAAAAUAACUUAAAUAUUAGAGUUUUGUCAUAAUGUUAAGAUUCACCCAUAGGAAUUACUGUUUUUCAGUAUCAGUGUAAUGGUGUAUGAGAUUAAUAUUUAGAGGUAAAGAUAUGUCAAGAUUUAAUGGAAAAGUUUAAGAUACAGCAAUUCUGACUGUAAACAAUUUGAAUUUUUAAGAUGUUUCUAAUGAGUUAAUCAUAGAGAAUAUUUUAUUUUAAAGGUAUAAUACUGUGUUCCACGUCUUCCAUUUAUAGCUGACCUGGUACUUAAAUGUUGACAAAGGAGAAAAAAUACAGGUUAAAAUAUUGAAUAAUCUCAGUUUUGCAAGUAUGAUGCAAGUUCUUUUUCUGCAUGUAAUGCUGUGCAACAGAAAAUUUUAGAUUACAAUUCUCAAAGAUACUGAAAUCACUGGCCUUUUUUCAUUCUAUGUUUGUCAUCUCCUUUUCCUUAAGUUACUUCUUACGCUAUUGACUUACCACCUCCCAACCCCCCAUCGCACUAAGAAAACGAAGUAAGUUGAUUGUGCGGGUCCUCCUUGUUAGUGAUUCUGAAGUACUUUCUAUCAAUACAUUGACAGAAGUGUUGGAAGGUGCAACAUAUAUAAGCAUUUUUGGUUUGUUUUGGUUGACAGCUUCAUUUAAAUUGUGUCACUAAACCUGAGAUUAUUAGUGAUUUAAAAUUUUUGUUAAUAUUUAAUUUUUCUUCUGUGUAUUACAUUCUUAUGUUAGUGUUUUACACAUGUUUUCAUUUUAAUUUUGUUCUGAAAUACUUGUGCAGGUUAUAAAAUAGAUUAGUGCAUUUUCAUGUUAAGAACAUGUUUCUCCUUAAAUUGUUCUGCAGAGAUAACUAUUUUUAGGGGAAAAUAGUUUUUUACAGCCACUAGAUUGUAUUUGUUAUUUUUGUACAUGCAUAACUAAGGUGGUAAGGGCCCUAAUCCUGUGGGGAACACUUAACUUUUGUUCUAUUUGAAAUUUUCCUAUACAUUAUUACUUAAAAUUAUCAAAGAACUGUCAUGAAAUCUAGUUGAGAGAUAAUACAAUAAACAUGACAAGACUUAAAAGUUGGAUAGAGAUCAUUUCUGGGGACAAAAGCUGAAUACUGCCAGUGCCAUAUAAUGGAAGCAUAGUGGCAGCAUUCACACAGUGUAAAUAAUGCAGAGAAUGCGAAAGACCGGGAUCCUGCUCUCAUGAAGAUACACAAUUUUUCUCUAUUUUAAGUAGCUGGAUGGGGAAAAAUGGUCUAAAAUAGGAAAUGCAACAUGAACACUAUUGAAAACUGUGCCAAGAUUACUCAAAUUCUAGUUAUUACUGAUCAAAGUUUAACUGCUUCAUCAUUUUAUUUUAAAAGGGGAUACUGAAUGUCAGAAAAUCUGUCAUAUGUUUAAUUAAGAGAUGUAAAUAAUGUAUACAGGCUUGUAUGUGAUGGGAUGGGAAAUAUUUAAAUUCUAGGUUUUUUUUUUUUUAAAGGAAGAAACUGAAUGUUUAUUUAAAAAAUUAAUAAAUAGUUCUGUUUGACCAUGAA